CCCCAACCAUUGAACGUCAACCCCCGCACCAUCGAUUGAGUCCUAUCACACCUGUAUCGUGGAACAGAGGCAUUGUCAUCGGCACCUCCAGAAGCUCUAGCAUACAUUGUUCGGCGCUAUACAUCGCAGCCCUUCUGCUAGACGACCUCGGCAAAUGCAUGCGAGCGUCACAUGACAAACGUUUGACCAUACACGGCACAGUCCGUGAGUGAUGCCAUAGAAUCCGAGUUCUACAAAAUCGUGCCCCGGGUUUACUCAUCCUCGUCUCUCUGUCCCCCGAAGAAGGCGUGACCAUGUCUGGCGGCAAAAUCACGGCGUAUCUUGACUGCGUGUCACCCUUCUCAUACUUCGCUCUCAAACAUCUCGAGAGACACAGAUCAGUCCUCGAAUCUCACAAUGUGGAAAUAGACAUAGUGCCCGUCUUCCUUGGCGGUAUCAUGGAAGGUAGUGGCAACAAACCACCAUGGACUCUCAAGGCCAAAGCCUUAUACUCAGGUCCCGACGCUGCACGCGCUAAGCGCUAUUUCGGGGUCCCCAAGAUGCAGACGCCUUCGUUCUUUCCUAUCCUCUCCCUCCUACCCCAGCGUGCCCUGGUGUACAUCAAAGCUACGUACCCUGAGCUCUUCGUGCAGACAUUCGUGGAUUUGUUCAGUGCGAUGUGGGAAGAGGGACAGGAUGUUAGCAAGCCAGAUCUCCUUUCGGUGGCAUUGUCGAAGAGAUUUGAAGAGGUGCAGAUUCGGGAGAUAUUGGGCAAGGCAACCGCACCCGAGAACAAGCAAGUGUUGAACGCGAACACGAAGGAAGCUCUCGAUCAAGGCGCAUUCGGAUGUCCGUGGUUCUGGGUUUGCAACUCGAAAGGGGAGGAGGAGCCGUUCUUUGGAAGUGACAGGUUCCCCUUCAUGUGGCAGCAUCUGGACUUGCCGUGGAAAGAUGUUGAGCUGCUGCCGCCUCCGCAAGCAAAGAUCUGAGCCGGGUAUGCCAAUACGCACCCCACAAGCAGCGACAAGCGUGGAGGUUGACUUGGCGUGAGACGCAGCCAAGACACAGAAUCGAUACUGCUUCUGCAUGUAUCUUCUCAUUGACACAACCAAUGGACGAGUUUAGCUUAGCCCUCUCCUCAGACAGUCAUUCGACUCGAACCCUUUCCCGAGUGUCCAUUCUUGAGAUGUUCGACCUUUAGCUUCCCCAAU